AUGACAGAACCUUCCAGUGUUUUUGAAGGUGUUCCAGCUGUUGGUCAUGAAGUUGAGAAUCUUUCUGUUGUGUUUUCCGCUUGUAAUUCGUCCUCUGGGACGAAUAAACGGUCAGCUACUGAAGUGUUUGAAGGAGACAGUAUCGAAGACUUAAACGACACGAAAACGACGUUAGAUGACGUUUCAGUGCCUCGUGUACCCAAAAAAAGUAAAUUAAUUGACGAGGAGCUACCAGAUGUGGACGAUAAUGAAGAAUUUCCGAUGCAAACGGAAGAAAUGGACGAAAAUUUGGCUCUUAGCUUGGAAAAUGGGGAAAAUGACUUAAAUGUGGACGACGAGGCCCUUCUUUUAGCAAGUAGUAGUCAUAAUAUUAGGGAUAAAGACCGUUAUGUAGCUACUGAAAAAGAUGAAGAAGGAUUCGCACUUGUAAAAGAAGAAAAAGAAGAAGAAGAAGAAGAAGAAGAAGAAGAAGAAGAAGAAGAGAAGAGUGAUUUUUCGACGUUGAUAAACAAUGAAAUUGAUAUUGUAGACGUUGAAGAUGAAGAUGAAGAAGAAGAAGCUGAAGAUUAUGAAGAACAAUUUAGUGAAGAAGAAGAAGAAGAAAAAGCGACGAUGCGAGCUGUUGCACGGGCUCAGAAUCAGAAAGAAGCUCGAGACUUGUUAUUGCAAUUGGAUGAUUCGACGCGCAGUAAAUUGUGUUUAACAGCAAUGGAAAAAUAUGGAGAAGAGCUUUUUUAUGGACAUGAAGAUGCACGAGAUGCCAUUUUAGUCGAUGCCUGUGCUCAAGAUUCAAUUUUGUCGUUAAUGCGAGAUGCAAUUCGAGUCAAGGAUUUGUACUUGAGAGGAUCAUCAGCAGCAGCACCUUUGGAAUUGGAUGAUGACGAGGAAGAGGAGGACGAGAACGAGGACGAAGGAGAGGGAGAAGAUGAAAUUGGAGGUUAUGAAGAUGAAGAUGAAAUUGGAGGUUAUGAAGAUGAGGAAGAAGAGGAAGAAGAUGCUGACGAUGAAGAGGAACAAUCGACAGGUUCAAUUGAAGAUAACGAUGAUGAAGUUGUUGUCAUUUCAGAGGAGGAAGAAGGGGAAAAGGCAGACAUUGAAGCUUCAAGUAUGAUGCCACAACCACAUUCUGCUGCCGAAACUGGCUGUGAUACAGAUCCGAACGAUGGGUACAAAGGUGACCACAGCGAGCAGGGGAUUAUGGAAGGUGAAUCACUAGGUAAUGUAGGGGCAACAGGCGACUCAGCUUUAGAGUUGUCGAUCGAUGAGGAGGGGUCUUCACUGCCCAAUGCAAGCAGCUACACCUAA